UCUUUUAUUUUGGUUUAAUUUUUUUUAUAUCAUCUGGUAUAAAACGGGUUAUGGUGGUUGGGACAAACAUAUAAACCAAGAAGAUCAUUAAGUCAACAAGGUCAAAGACAUUUAAUAAAAUGAAGUCGGUUAUUUGUGUUUUGGUGGUUGUUGUUGCAGUUGUUACGGCAAACCAAAUCCAAGAAAAAUGGAACCGGGUCCACCAAGGAUGUCAGCAAAACCAAGCCCUCUAUGUUCCAGACAUAAUAUUCGAGCAAUUAAAAAGAGGCGAGAAGCCAAACCUUCCGGCAAACUUUGGUCUUCACGCCAAUUGCAUGAUGGUGGAUCUUGGAUACCAAGAUAGUCAAGGACAAGCUAUUACUGGUGCCAUAAGGGAAAUUACUAAGAAAUAUUAUUCAGACAAUGGAAAAGUUGAGGAUAUUGUGCGCGAAUGCUCCAAUCAGCAUGGAAACAAAGAGCAAGUUGCCCUUGGUUUGUUCAGUUGCUUUGGCAAGCACAAGAUUAAUAUUGGGCAGUUUUAAGUAAUUGGAAUGACGUUCUAAUAAAAACAUGUUUAAUUUGA